GAGAGGGAGGCGGCACUUCGCAGCCAGUUGGAGAAUUAAGCGAAAGGGAAGGAUUUUUCAUUUAAAAAAAAGGGGACAAAACAAAUGGACAAAUGAAAAUAGACAUGUUGACAUACAUGUGUGAGUAGGUGAGGCUGAAAGAAAAUGGAUUUUUGUAUCAAAAGGAAAGAAAAACAGACGGUCAUUCGGCUGCUUUGAGCUACGCAUCUGCGUUUUUCUGAAGAAGGGAAAUCACAAGACACUACAGAAGGAUCUGAAGUCACCUUGGAUGGAGGGGUCUGGCAGUCCUCGCUUCAGAAAGCUCCAUUUCCCCGUGGGUUUGUGGAUAAACUCCCCCAGGAAACACUUUGCCAAGCUUGGAGGUCGCUGGCCCAGCGCCGUGUCUGUCAAGUCGACUACCAGCUCUGACGCAGCCUCCCUCCACGAGGCCCCUUCUGCACCAUCCUCUUCCCUUUCUAACUCCACCCCAUCGCUGGCUUCCCCUACCCCGUCCCCGUCCCCUUCUCCGGCCUUCUUGAGGCCGCGGCCCGCCGGGCCCCAGUCCCGGACCAAACGCCUUUCCCAUCUUUUCCUCCGGGGGCGUUCUAACAGUGACCGGGACCGGGCGGUGACGGAGAGGGAAAGAGAGGUAUGGGCUCAUUCGGCUGCCCCGUCCACGCACCACUACCUGCCCCCCGCCUCUUCUUCUGCCCCGGGCCUAAUCAAGAUCUAUGGGGAUGCUCUCUCCAGUGGGGCCAACUAUCGCUCCCUGCUGGCCAACAUUCACUCCACAGCCAGGCAGCUCAUCGCUCAGGUCAUCACUCGCUACACUGAAAGAGAGAGGGAGGAGACAGAUGACGCAGCUCUCCAGAAACACAGCCCUGAGGACUUCCUGUUGUGUGAUGUCAUUGGAAAGCCCAUCCAGCAGCCAGAUGGAGCUAUCAAAUGGGAGACAGAGUGCCGGAGAAGUGUUGCCCCAUGGGAAUGUCCUUUGUUGUUGGUGGACAUGUGGCGGCCUAAGGAAGGAUUUGAGCGGCGCUUUGAAAUCCAGAGGAAGGAAGACUAUGAGAGAGAGGAGAGAGAGAGGGAGGCAGAGCGAGAGAGGGAGGGAGAGAACUACCAAGCAGGUGUACGCUGGCGGCGGAACAGGAUUUCGUCAGGCGGAGGGCCGGAGGAGGGCGAGCGCGGUCAUCGCGCUAGAAACUCGGAGCUCAGAAGGAGCAUCAGCGACAUGAACUUGAGCCUGCGCCGUCGCCAGGGCAACCACGUCAGCAACGAUCCGCGAGGCUCUGGAAGCCGGCCGAACAACGGCGGAGGGGUGCAGGACAGGAAAAACAUCGUGAGCAUGAUCAGCCCACAGCCAGGAGAGACCCGAGCGUCAAGAGCCGAAGCAAAGGUUGGGUGGACGAACCAGCCGGCCGAGGAAGAGAAGGAGUACUCCAGCUGUGACCUGGAAGUCAUGUCACAAAGUCUCAUCCUCCCACCGACAGACCGGCCUUACUUUCUCUUGCUGCAGGGUUACGAUCACAGCAAGGAUUUUGUUUUGUACAUUAUGGCGGGACAUACGCAUGUGUUUGGAAGAAAACCCACACUGAGGGAAAGAGAGAAGGAUCGAGAGCGAGAGAGGAAGGGGAAGAGGCCUCUGAAGGUGGACACGUUCCUGUCUGCUCCUGAUCUCUUGGCAAGGCAUUUAUUGAUCAGGAGAGACUCUGCUGUUCCAGAGACGCCCUCAGGACAAGCUCUGAUGCGACCUUUCAGAGGCGGUGCAGUCACACACAAUGGAGUGGCCUUGUACAGGGAGGCCGUCCUGAAGCCCGGGGAUGUGAUUGGUCUGGGGAAUCACUUCCUUUUCCUGUACCGUGACCCUCGUGUGACCCCGACUCCGCCACUGGCAUUGACCCUGCCAUGGCAGGGUGAUGCCUCCACCACCUGCUGCCCUUCAGGGUUGGUGGACAGACAGGAAGCGCUCAGGCAGUAUCUGGGAUCGACUGAGGCGGUUUUGAAAUUCCACCCUCGUCAUGCAGAUGCCCUGUUACAGGAGAUAAUCUCCAAAAAUUCCUCCCCAGACUCCGGUGGUGGGCCUUUAGCUCCUGCUUAUCUACUGUCAAUCAUGAUAGAUCACGCCUCAAAACAUCUGGAUCCUGCCCUUACACCACAGAUUUUACUUAAGUCGGCCAAUCUGAUCAAAGAAAUCGUGUGGGAUAACAUUAAGGAAUUUGGGGAUAAGCAUCCCACGCAAAAUUCGACAGAGCAAGAAGGAGAAAUAAGCACGCCCAAUGUCCAGAAACUAUCACAUGACCUCCGACCCCUCAUGUUCUGGAUGUCAAAUGCCACAGAGCUCCUGAACUUCUUCCAGGUCAAAGUUGAAACCAUGGAGAAAGAGUGGGAGUUUGAAGCCCCUGGGGAUCCAGUUUUGACAGCUGACAUGGACACCUGUUCAGAAGCUCUGGCUCAGCUGGAUGACGUUAUUAUGCACACGUUCCAGCAGUGUGUGUAUCACCUCACCAAGACCCUGUACUCACUUCUUCCAGCUCUGCUGGACACCAACCCGUUCUCCAGCGAGGAGAAAGAGAAAGAAAAGGACGGAGUUCUGGGCGCAGAAGGAGAGGAGAAGAGAGGAGAAGGAGAGGUGGAUGACGUGUCUGCCUUGCCACCCAAGGUUGCUGGUUUGGUGGAAGUCUAUCGCUGUUCCCUGAUGCUGUCGCGGGAGGCUUGUCUUUCUCCACCCCUCACCUCCCAGACCUUCGGCUACCUCUUCUUCUUUACCAACACCUCCUUGCUUAACACUCUGCUGGAGCGAGAUGGACUGUUUUCAUGGUCCAGAGCAGUCCAGAUCCGCACAAACUUGGACCUGGUUCUGGACUGGCUACAGGGGGCAGGGUUAGGAGACAUAGCCUCUGAGUUUAUGAAGAAACUGUCAAUCACCGUCAACUUCCUGUGUAUUCCCAAGACUCGGCUCAUUCAGUCAUCCUGGAUCAGCCUGCAGGAGGACCACACUUUGUUAAGCCCUUCCCAGCUGCACCACUUGCUCACCCAUUACAAGCUGGGACCAACCAGAGCCCCACCAGCUUCAUGGGCCCCUCCGCCUGGCACUGAGCUGAGUGGAGAUAUAUUUGAGAGCUUUCUGGACCACCCUCCUUUAAUUCUGCCGAACGAGACUCCACGCCUUGACCUCUCAAAGCCAAUCCCAAGCCCUGAGCUCCAAAAGGAAGUUACACGUCUCCGCACCUUCUUGUGGGGACUUGACCAAGAUGAGCUCCCUGCAAACCAGAGGACCCGGCUUUGAGGACGCCCACCUUUGUCUCAUUGUUAAUGUCGAACAGAAGUUUUAAAAAAGAUCACAUGGAAUACACGAGAAAAUAAAAGCCAGACACAUUUACUUCUUUCAUUGCCUGGUUGCUCAUGACAUCUUUGUAUCAUUUCAUUUAUUCCAUUAGACAUUUUCUAGUUGAAAAAAAAGUACUUUGGUAUACCUUUAUAGUGUUUUUUUUUUUAAAUCAGACAGAAAAACCCUGUGACCGUUGGGCUACGCAGUGUUAUGCUUCACAUGACUGUUUCACUUGGCUACCAUGUAUGUUUUCAAACUACUUGUUUUUAAUAAAAUGUUGAAUUCUAGUCUAAAAGA